ACCCGCAGGUAAUGGCCGAAAUGGGCCACUUUUCGAUGGUCGCCGUUUUUGCUGCGCUAAUUUUUCUAACCUGGAGAGAUCUUACACACACUGAAACGUCACACGAUGUACACAAGGACAUUAAAGCUCCUAAAUUUGCGAAAAUGGCAGCACCAACGAUAAAAUUCUUGUUUUGCUACUCCUGAGGGUACAGGAAGGUCUAUGACCAGUACUUCCAUGCUCUUCAGGAGCGUUUUCCGUCUUUAAUCGUUGAGGGCGACAAUUACCCGCCGCCUUCCGGUAAAGCCGCAAUUGCACAGUUUCUAAGUAUUGCCAAGCUAUUUAUAAUUGCCAUGAUUGUAUCAGGACAAAAUCCCUUCCCUCAUCUCAACAUGGAGACACCUAGCAUAUUCACCUGGGCCCUCUCCAACAAGAUCUAUGCCUGUUUAAUGAUAUUCUUUAUCAGCAAUGCAGUAGAGGGACAGAUGAUUUCUACAGGCGCCUUUGAAGUUUCAUUUAAUGAUGUCCCCAUUUGGUCUAAGCUACAAACAGGAAGAAUCCCUGCCCCCGGAGAAAUGUUCCAGAUCAUUGAAAACCAAAUGAAUUUGAACCCUAAUCAGCCUGUUCAGAAUAUGUAGUGUGUUCACCACAGUACCAGCUCAGCAGAAGUACAGGAAUUUCAGUCACAGAUGUUGGCAUUGAUUACAAGACAUUGAAUCCUAUCAUGAAAUUCUGAAGAAUGACGGUCUUUGUUGAAAAUAGCCAUGCUGUCUACAAAGAACCUGAGGAGCCUAUCAGAGGAAGUGUUGCAUUCACUGUCAGCCAAUCACAGACAAGAUCUGUGUCUGUUCUUGUACUUCUGUUCCGUGGUCAGAAAAUAUUUAUAAUGCUGGGUUUGUCAUUUCUUCAUGGACACAAAACACAUGUACCGUAUGUGCAAUUUUAUGAAAUCAUGUGCAAAAUUUUGUAAAUUGUCCUUGAUUAUUGAGAACUAUUGAAGAAGUAACACAUGCCCUUAUCCAGAUACCCAGAAAAUUUCCAUAAGAUUCAUCCAUUAAAUUUUCUUUAAGAUACCUUUUGUAGUUAUAUCGGAAUUAUCUGGGGUAUAAAAAGUAAAAAAAAAAAAAAGAAAAAAAAAAAUCUGGAUAUUUGUUUAUAUGAAAAUAUUCAUUUACGUACCUUCUUGUGUAUAUUCAGUUUAUUUUCAAAGGUUUUGUUUUUGUUUUCUACAGUUUUAAGUAUUUGAUAAAAAAAACAUCAGGGGACAAAUAGCACUAAUUAGGAGAAAAUUAAAAACAGAAUCAGAAAACUACUCAAUAGUUGAUUUGAAACAAUGUUUUGUUUUAAUACGAUUGUGUUCAUUUUUUUUUUUACACAAUGUUUAAGCUGGAAUUGAUCAACUCUCAUGUUGAAUAUAAUAGUUAUUACAUUGCUAAGUUUAAUGUAGGUGCGAGUUGGAGUAACACUAGAUAUGGUAAGAGUUGAGGAUAAUUGAUAAAGGGGAGUCAUAUGUGAGGUAAUCCGUGAUUGUGUUGUAAAAUUUUGUGAAUGCUAGGGUAAGAAUCAUGUGAAUGACUCGGUAUAUAUUGUGUCGUGUAAUCUUUGUCUCUCAGCUUGGUAAUGUGUCAAAGGAAAAUAUAGUUUACACAGAAAAAACAUGGAUUAUUUGGACUGGGUAAAAAUAUACAUGUACCAUCAAAAAUUGAAAAAAAAAAUAUUAAAAGUUUGUGGUUGGUAUCUUACACAUGGUUAAAAUGUGUUGCUGUUUUCUUUAUUCAAGAUAUAUUUUGUAGUUAGUUGAAAUGGAAAUAAUACAAGGCUUAAAACUGAUUAACUCCCCUGAAAUGGAAGUUUGUUCUGAAAAUUUCAUUUCUUUCUCUCUCCCCAUUCUUAAUUUCCAAGAAUGAUUUUGCUCAUUCUCUAGAAUAAUGCUCCUUUUACAAGCCUUUCCUGGUCCCUUAUAAAUAUGAAUACAUAAUAAAAUUGUGAUUGCAUCUCAUCCAGCAAAAUCACGCUUGCAAAUAUUUUGGAAAACAAUUGUGACUCAGCAAGGCAGUUAAGAGAAAUAUUAAAUUUCCAACUCAAACAAACCAGAUAUUUAUUAAAACUAAGAAAUGUAAUAAAGACUUUCCCAUGUGAUGUGAUAUACAGCCAGGAAAGCUCAAUUAGUGACUAUUAUAAGAUAAAAUCGGAGAUAUCAUUUAAGUUUAUAAAUAGUUACAAAUUUUGUGGAGGAAAAAAAGAACAAAUUAUGCAAUUAUAUACCGGUAGCUGAUUAUCAUUAAUUAGAGACUUUUCUGUAUGUAUAUUAAUAUAUGUAUAGGUAACGUAUAGUGGAUGUUGAAAUGAGUGAUAAUUAUAUUUAAUGGAAGAAUGGGGAUAUUUUGUGUUCUUUUUAAAUCCUUUCAUUUUCUCUUUAACAUGAACAUUUAAAAUAAAGCUCACAUAUGAUAUUGUACUGUCUUGAGAUUUUCAUUUUUUGACACCAAACCUGUGAGCAUUUUACUUGUGAGUUCCAUAUCCGGGGACUCCUAAUCCUAAUAACUCGACCAUUCAGGAGACUGUAACUUCUAAAAUAUUCAUUGAUUACAGCAUAACCUGCUGCAGUCAAGCUAUUAAUUGUUCUUAUGAGAUUUAAUUGGAAACAUUCUUGUUCAGGGAAGGUGUUGUAUGGGAGGCCAGGUCAACAUGGUUCCUCUAAAGGAUAUCAACACCAGAUUUGAAAAAAAAAAGAAUAUUAAAACCUUGCUAUAUAAUAUUGUAAGUGAAGUUUAAAAGGCAUGACUUGAUAUGGAGUCUGUGAUAGGAUAGUUGAUAGAGCUGUAUUAUAAUGUAUUAUAUUGUCCUAUAAUCAGGUUUUUCAUUCAGAUAUUUUUUGUUACCAUACCCUCAUCCAGUGUAUUAAUCAGAAAGAUUUUUUUUUAUACUGGUACUUUUUCCUUUUAAAUGAAAUUGCAGAUUUCUGUAAGAAUAAGAAUCGUAGAAAUAUACCUAUGACACAAAAGACUUGUACAAUCAGGCAGUCUGAAUUCCACAUUUAAAAUCUCAAACAAAAGCAAUGCCACUAUGAUCAUACAAACAAUUAAUAAAUGAAUUAUGAAGAAGUAUUUGAUAAUGUGGACUUAAUAUUAACAAUAGAUAUGUAAUAUUCUGUACUUGCACUUUGAAUUGAGCUUAAUUUGUUCUUCAGGGAUACUUCUUGCGUACUCGCAGUUACUCCUAAUUAGUGUACCGACAGUUUGGCUGAAAAUCAACUCAAUCUGUGUACGUCACUUCACAACUUUUUUGUCAAGUGAUUUUGUUGAUUUAUAACUGAUAACAGGAAUUGAAAUAAUAAAAUCCUAUGGUGUUCUUAUUCUGUUCUGCCACAUAUAAACUUUGAUAAUUGUGAAAAUAAUUUAAGUCUUUUUAUAUCUGUUGAAUAUCAAAAUGUUACAUUCCAUUUAAAUAAUUAAUUUUAAGUUUUUAUAGGCUCAAAUUUUGCAGUUUUCAAAAAAGAAUCCAUUAUUGUGGGCAUUUGAAUUUUUGGCUUGAUAGUAUUUGAUCAAGAAUUUCACUAAAAUUCAUUUUAUAUACAUAAAUGUAGUUACAGCACACUUACUUGGUAGCUACAAAUAUCAAAACACCUUCAAUGAAUUUUUUUGAUAUGUAACAAUAUUUAUAAACAGAUCCAUUUCAGUUUGAAUUGUUAAUGAACAUGAUAUUGGUAUGAGUGACGUUUUGUUGAUUUUGUACAAAAUGCAUGAUAAUCAUCAGUUUUUUUUUUGAAGGAUGGAGGUGUCGUCUUUAUAUUUAUUUCAUUUCUUUAUCUCUUGCUGCUUAACAUUAAUUGGUUAGUAAUCAGUAUUCAUUUUUAUUUCGAGAGUUAUGCUAUACUUAAAGACAUGCAAAUCAUUUCAUUUACAUACAGUGUAGAUUAUAACUUAACAACAAUGGUCUAAUUUUGACUUUAAACAAUGUUAUAAAUAUGAAGAGUAAUCCACUAAAAACCGAAACAUUUGGAGAAUUUUCUGCCUUUUUCGUUUUUGUAUGAAAAAUGUGUUUUCAGGCAUUGAAAUGAUCAAAACCUUCCCCUAUUUUUGCUUAUUGCAGUUUUCGUUUCAAAUUUUGGUUGUUUAUUUAUGAGGAAGAAAAACAUUCACUUUGUGUAAUUCAUUAUGUUCUGAUGUUUAUUAAUAAAUAUAUACAUGUGUUAAAAAGCUUCA